AUGGUGGAACCGAGCUCUCUCAGCUCACUCUUGGAGGAAAUCUCCUUCCGAAGACGCAAAGAUCUCAAGAUUCACGGAGAGAGCGGACAAUUUUCUGUGAAUCACAAUACCACUUAUUGGACCGACUUAUUCGUUCGCCAUUUUCUCUUCCAAAGUGACUACCAGUGCGAUGGGGAUGAUUUGCUGUUUUUCAUUCGCAAGAAUUUGUCUGGUAAUCCUGCCGAGAAGCCCUUUCAAGUGGAAGUGUUUCGUCGGGACAGUCGACGUCUUCCUAUCGGUGAUCCAGACGUGGAUUGGGAGGAAACCAUCUACAUCAAUCUGAUCAUCCAUCAGAUGACCUACAACAUCACUGUGGCUGUGUGUUCGCGAACGUCGCCCAAAAAUCUCCAGAUCUUGAAGCGAUACACGCAACGCGUGUAUGCCACGCCCAGUCGCCGAAAGAUGGAUGGCAAAGGCGAGCAAGAGGAGAUGAUCUAUCCGUACAUUUCAUUUUCCGUGGACAAUUUCGAAGACAUGUUCAAGGAGUUGAAUGUUCGAGACGGCGAGAGUCUGGGCAUCGAGCUGACGGCUCAAGAUCACGAACAGAAUCUGAAUCUCGUGUUGUUUUCGGCCUCGGUUCCCUACGAGACGAUCAAGCGCGUCUACGAGGCCAGAACCAGCCAGACCGUUCGGAAGCGUCUUUCUCAAACGAAUCUAUUCUCCAUAUUCAGUGGCAAGUACGGCAAUGCUAGAGUGGAAUAUGUCAGACUGAUUGGUCCUCAGGGGCAAGCAGAAUUAGCUGUGGCCAGAGGUUCGGAAGACAUGAAUGGUUCCGUGUACGCGGGAUCUCGCACUGGCUGCGACACCCCGUCCUCGGAGCCCGGGGAGUCGAUUUUGGAUCAGCUGUGGGAUUCGGAAGAUAGUGAUUUCGAGGAUCUCGCCACGAGCUUAGUCGGCUUCAAGCGAGGCCACCAACGACGUCAAAGCGAUCCCAGCUCCACGCUCCACGACUUCAUGCGACUCGGCAUAUUGGAUCGACCGGGGAAGAAUAAGCCUUUGGCCGAUGUGUCCAAUCAUAUUCCCGAGUGCAUGGGCGAAGCCACUUGUGAAAUCUAUGCUGGCGAUCUCUUGGACGAGUUUGAAGAAACCAAGUAUAACCCACUCUGGACCAUGAAAGGGUACACACAAAUUUUUCACUCAUGGCGAGAAUCGAAGCGCAUGCAGAGCAUUCCCUUGGGCGCCUUCAUUUCCUAUAUCACGUUGCCGUGGUGGUCCAUCAUGAAGGAUGUGCUCGAUAACCGCCAUCAGCCCUUACUCACGUUCUGAUGAAAAACUGAUCUGCCUUGCCGACCGAUCUCAGAUUUAAAAAAAAACAUCAACCUAUGCAUUUCCGAUCUGUCUCAUAGAUGGAAGUGGUCACUUCUCACUCAUCAUUGUUCAUUGUUUGAGUUGUUCAUUAAGUAAAUGAUUAGUCAUAAGAG